AAAUUAAUUAAGUUAACAUCGAAAAAAUAAAUAAAGUGUAGUAGGUAGUGUUAAGUGCUACAGAAUUGUGCAAACGCUUUAGUGCCGGAAACAUAUAUGUGCUUACAAACUAGUGCUUUAUUUAAAUUGUGCAAACAUGUUAGUGCCUAAACAUAAUUUUGCAAACAAACUAGUGCCGGGAACAUAAUUGUGCAAACAUACUAGUACCAAAAGCAUAAUUGUGCCGCAAAGAAAUUCGUGCAAAUUAGUGCCAGCAGUGUUGAAGUGUGAACUAGUGGGCGUUUUGGCAGCAGUAGCGUUGAACUGCAGUUGGGAACCGGUGGCGGAGAAGAGAUGUGCCAGUAGCCGGUGGCAUUGAUGGUGUUGCCACUGUCAAUGUGGGCUAACGCCCCCGGCCGGCAGGUCAAUGACAUCGCCGGCACUAGUCGUGCUGUUCCUGGCACUUGUAUAUUCUACAAUCGGCACUACAUCAGAACAAACAGCUGAUCAUGACAGCAAACCCACAGACAAGCUAGCAAUAUACCCAAACAAUUUAGUAAUAUAUCCAAAAAAUAACGCUAAAUUAAACAUGGGAACUGCAAGGACCAAUGUAAAUAAUAAUAAAAUAAAUAAUAAAUUUUUAAAUGACAACACAAUAGCUAAAGAUGUAAGAAAAGUAGAAUUUAAUAAUGUUGAUAGUGGUAUAUUUGAUGAAAUUUAUACAGAAGAAAAAGAAAAUUUAUUAAUAUCAAAUCUAGAAAUACACAAAGCAAACCUGAAAGAGAUUGCAAGAGCGAAAAUGUUAAGAAAACGUGAAGAGAAGACAAGAAUGGUUCCACGUUACGAUGGAUACAGAACUAUGAGAUAUUUUGAUGAAAUUGAAAGGGACAAUAGAAAAAGAUUUGAUAGAUCUAAAUACACAAAGCCAAGGAGACGUGUGAAAAGAGACGACGAUCCAUGUGAAUCUUUUAUGUUUAGUAAUCCAGAUCAGAAGCAAAUAACUCAUCCUAUAAGGAAAGAUAACAGUAGUAGCAACAACUAUGCGAGAGGUGUUGAUUGUUAUACUGUAAUUAAAGGUCCUGAUGGCACAGUUAUCGAACUAACCUUUGUGGAUGUGUUCCACAUAGAACAUCAUCCGGAUUGUGCUUAUGACUAUCUGCAGAUUCGAGACGGUUUGAAAGGGUAUGCGGACGAAAUAAAGACCCUGUGCGGCCACACUUUUCCGCGACAGAUCGUGACAACCGGCCCGUACGCAUGGCUGAAGUUCCACUCUGACGAUACCAUAGAGUACGAAGGGUUCCGCAUCAAUAUUGCAUUUAGACAGGAGCCGAAAAGCCGCAAAAUACCCAAAGACUGUUACAACGAGGAAGAGGGUAAUAUGAACGGAUUCAUAGGCAUAGACAAAAUCAAGGAUAGUUGCAAAGAGGAAAGCAAAGACCAACCUCUGGACGUACUUUGGACAAUAAGAACUCCUGAAAACACUAAAAUUUAUCUCAAUUUCACUAAGUACUUUCUGAAAAAGCCAAACGAGUGUGAAGAGAACGUCAUUCAAGUAUUUGGAUCCGAAUUGGAGUAUUCUGCCAGGUUAGCCCAUUACUGCGGGUCUGUCGCCAAUUCCGUUACCACUAAGGACAGCGAAGGUGGCAAAGGGAAAGACAAAGGGAACCUCAUGUACGUCAGGUUCUUUGCAUCGAUGACAGCCAAAGACUCACAAUUUAACGCAUCCUACACUGCAUUUAGAACUUUGGACCCUAACAAGGAUGAGAAAUGCGACGAAGACGAGGAAUUCGACUGCGAAGACAACACUUGCAUAGCAUUGAAUCUUAGAUGCGACGGGUACGCUCACUGCAGACUGAAAGCUGACGAAGAUGUUGAUCUGUGCAAGGGACAAGCGGAGUCAAUGAUCAGCCAGCCUCACAUAAUGGUCAUCUUGAUCAUCUUCUCUCUCAUUCUCUCCGGCAUGAGCUUCGUGUUCUUUUUCAAAUGCAUCCGCAAGCUGUAUCAGGAUCACAAACUCAUCAAGAAACACAUUACGGAAUCAUGUGAAGAUCGGUUGGACAACUUAAUUAGCAGUAGACUGACCUUGGAUGCAAAAAGACUUCAGAGGGAUAGCGAAAGAGGUGUCAGCCUGGAAAGAGAAAACCAUAGCAAUGAAAUUAAACGACAAAGAAGUUAUUCAAAACAUAAGCCCAGUAGCAUAGAUUCCGACUUUAUACCUGAAGUGACUUUGGACUCGGAAGAAUCAUGGAACCGCGAUGCAAACACUGGCCCUGUAGUCACGGAGAACGUAAGGAUAGAACACAAUGGAAGACCCAGAAAGAGUGACACCAGUAAGAGAGAAGAAUCAUUAAGAAGCAAAACAAAAGAAAACGAAGAGAUAAAAGAAAGGAAAGAGAUAAGAGAUGUGUCGGUAGGCGCUCCUGAUACGAAAGAAUCUGGAUGUCAAACAAGAGAGAGUCUGUUCCAAACAGAAACGGCUCCAAGUUCAGAUGGUUCAGGCAGCAAUGGUCCAGUAUUUUCCACGUUUGGUUACUCUGGAGCAACCAUAGUGAGACCAUCACCACCACCUCAGACCAACACGUCAGAGAUCACCAUAGAACUCCUAAGUCAAGUUCCUCAACACCCAGCUGGAACUAAAUCCCAGAAAAAGUUGUCCGAAAGGCGUCCGAUGAGCACUGAGACCACUCGCUCAGCGCCUGACGUUAUCAUCGUGUCCAAACCGAUUCGCUGA